UGUAAUGAGACACAAAUGUCAAAAGCACGUAAACAAGCAUGAAUAACCUAAAAAUUAUUUAAUUUAAUAUGUAAAAUUCCUGAAAUACUGAAUGUAAGUGUGUUGAUAACAAUGGUGUUUAUCUUCAGAACCUUGUUCGCUGCAAAGGAACUAAAGAAGCCUCGGAAUUACCUUCGAAGUAAGUUCAUAGAUUCAGUGAGACUACAUGUAAAAGGUGGUACAGGCGGGACUGGUCUCCCAAAGUUUGGCGGCUUAGGUGGACAAGGUGGCUGUGUUUACUGCGUCGGUAAAGAAGAUGCAAACCUCAGGAGUGUUAUGUCCAAACAUCGAGGCAAGACAAUUACCGCUGGUCAUGGGGAAGACAGUCGUAAAACAAAAAUAGUUGGUAAUCCAGGCUCAGACAUAAAACUAGAAGUUCCGCUAGGAAUUACUGUAUAUAGAGAUGACGGUAAAGUUCUAGGAUCUAUUGACAAGGAGGGUGAGACAGUAAUCAUUGCAAGAGGUGGGCCUGGAGGCACCCCAGAAACUAAUUUCCUUGGCCACUUUGGUCAGGUACACCACAUAAGAUUGGACCUUAAAUUAAUUGCUGACAUCGGGCUUGUUGGUUUUCCGAAUGCAGGAAAAAGCUCCUUAUUGAAAGCCAUAUCAAGGGCUCAGCCUAAAAUUGCAAACUAUCCGUUCACGACAAUAAAACCGAAUAAAGGAAUCAUAGCUUACAAAGACCUCCGGCAGAUCUCUAUAGCUGACCUGCCUGGACUCAUUGAGGGUGCUCAUAUUAAUGUUGGCCUUGGACACAGUUUUUUGAAGCAUGUAGAGAGAACAAAGAUAUUGUUGUUCAUAGCUGAUGUGCAAGGUUUCCAGCUCAGCCAUAAACAUCCCAUGAGAUCCUGUCUGGAGACUGUACUACUACUGAAUAAGGAGUUAGAACUCUAUGAUCCUGAGCUAUUACAGAGGCCAGCAAUACUGGCUGUGAAUAAGAUGGACUUGCCUGGCACUGAUGCUAUACUCAAAAGUAUCAAAGAAGCAUACAAGGAUAUAAAUUCAGUGGUUGAGACAUUACCAGAAGACAUUAGACCAGAAAAUGUCAUAGCUUUUGAUGACAUCAUUGGUAUAUCUGCUCUUAAAAGAGGCCCAAGCAUAGAAGAAUUGAAGAACCUGUUGAGAAAGAGAUUAGAUGACUUAGCCGAUGAAACUGAUCCAAACAUAGUACAUCCUAGCAAGUUAUUCAAACAAUCAAGAGCUGUUGUUAGGGAAAGGGGAUCUAAAGUUACUUAGUAUUACAAUUAAUUAAUAAACUCUGUGAUAUAAGUUGUCUCACUUUAUUGUUAGUAAACAGCCUUAUACAAUACAUUGCUAGUUUGAAUAAGUGUCAUUACAUAGUUUACUUAAUUUACAAAACAAUAAAACCAAAAAUAUA